AUGGACGUCCGCCUGUAUCCCUCGGCGCCCGCGGUAGGUGCGCGGCCCGGGGCCGAGCCGGCCGGCCUGGCGCACCUGGACUACUACCACUGCGGCAAGUUUGAUGGUGACAGUGCCUACGUGGGGAUGAGUGACGGAAAUCCAGAGCUCCUGUCAACCAGCCAGACCUAUAACAGCCAGGGCGAGAGCAACGAAGACUAUGAGAUCCCUCCUAUAACACCUCCCAAUCUCCCUGAGCCGUCCCUCCUGCACCUGGGGGACCACGAAGCCGGUUACCACUCACUGUGUCACGGCCUUGCGCCCAACGGUCUGCUCCCCGCCUACUCGUACCAGGCAAUGGAUCUCCCGGCCAUCAUGGUGUCCAACAUGCUGGCCCAGGAUGGCCACCUGCUGUCAGGACAGCUGCCCACGAUCCAGGAAAUGGUCCACUCGGAGGUAGCUGCCUAUGACUCAGGCCGGCCAGGGCCCCUGCUGGGCCGCCCUGCGAUGCUGGCCAGCCACAUGAGUGCCCUCAGUCAGUCCCAGCUCAUCUCCCAGAUGGGCCUCCGGAGUGGCAUUGCCCACGGCUCCCCAUCGCCCCCAGGGAGCAAGUCAGCGACCCCGUCUCCAUCCAGCUCCACCCAGGAGGAGGAGUCAGAUGCCCAUUUCAAGAUUUCGGGAGAGAAGAGACCCUCAACAGACCCAGGCAAAAAGGCCAAGAAUCCAAAGAAGAAGAAGAAGAAGGAUCCCAAUGAGCCACAGAAGCCAGUGUCGGCCUACGCUCUCUUCUUCAGAGACACUCAGGCUGCCAUCAAGGGGCAGAACCCCAGUGCCACCUUUGGGGAUGUUUCCAAAAUUGUGGCCUCCAUGUGGGACAGCCUGGGAGAAGAGCAGAAACAGGCAUAUAAGAGGAAGACCGAAGCUGCCAAGAAGGAGUACCUGAAAGCCUUGGCAGCCUACAGAGCUAGCCUCGUGUCCAAGAGCCCCCCGGACCAAGGCGAGGCCAAGAACGCUCAGGCAAACCCACCAGCCAAAAUGCUUCCACCCAAGCAGCCCAUGUACGCCAUGCCCGGCCUGGCUUCCUUCCUGACGCCCUCCGACCUGCAGGCUUUCCGCAGCGCAGCCUCUCCUGCCAGCCUCGCCAGAACGCUGGGCUCCAAGGCCCUGCUGCCAGGCCUCAGCACCUCCCCACCACCCCCCUCCUUCCCUCUCAGCCCCUCCUUGCACCAGCAGCUGCCACUGCCACCCCACGCGCAGGGUACCCUCCUCAGCCCGCCUCUCAGCAUGUCCCCAGCCCCGCAGCCUCCUGUCCUGCCUGCCCCCAUGGCACUCCAGGUGCAGCUGGCGAUGAGCCCCUCGCCUCCAGGGCCACAGGACUUUCCACACAUCUCUGACUUCCCCAGUGGCUCUGGCUCCCGCUCACCUGGCCCAUCCAACCCUUCCAGCAGCGGGGACUGGGAUGGGAGUUACCCCAGUGGGGAGCGCGGCCUCGGCACCUGCAGCCUGCUCCCCAGGGAUAAAUCGCUCUACCUCACCUAAUCCCGCCUCCCCUCCCUCCCUGAGGCUCUCCGGAGGGCACUGCUCCGAGCAGGAAGGGCUGACCACAGGAAAGAGGCCAUGGCAGCAGGCAGGGUGACCGGCCAGCGAGAGCAGUGACACACCUAUGCCCCAGGGCUGAGUCUCUCCCUCGACCUCCCACCAGACUCUGCAGAGGCAGCCCACCGCCCACCACCAGCCCAAAGAACCUGCAGGAACCUUCUGCCCGCUGACCUGCUUGCUCCAGGGUAGCUGUGGAUCCCGCUCCUUGGCCUGCACACAGUCCCCUGCGUCUGGACUUCCGGCCCCAGCCCAAGCUCACCAGGCUGCCCCCUUCGAGGUUGCUUAGCAACAGACACCCACCCCUGAUGCUGGGCCAGCCACAGGUGUGCUCUCAGUGUACACAAAGAUGCUGAAACUCAUGCUGUGGGUUCCGUGUAAGUAGUUCACUGUUUUAGAACUGUGCUGAAGACAUCUGUAAGAUUAUUUUGUGGGGAGAAGGAAACUUUCCUUUAAGGUUAAAAAAAAAAUUUUAUAAGACCUUUGGCCCAUUGUUUUUUUAAGUUUUAUCUUAAGGGAGACAUGUGCACAAGCAACUGUCAAACUGAUUCUAAUCUGCACACAGAGAGAGAAUGGGAACUUUUAAGCCACACCGAGGGGCAUUCCUCCUCCUCCUCCUCUUCCUCUUCUUC